AUUUUGGUUAGGUUCAGAUGGAAGAUAGAGAGCCGAAGGGUCUAGAUGAGGGAGAGGAACAGAGGAGAGAAGGAGGAUUUUUGGAGGAGAGAAGUAGGGGAAAUAUUGUUUAUGAGGAGGAGAAGCAAAGAAUUGGGUGUCACUCUGCUCAAGGUUGUAAGAGAGGUUCAUCCAAGGGUGAAGGAGAUGAAGGAGAUUUUGAUUGCUCAAUUUGUAUUACAAGUUUUGAUGGAAAUGAUACAAAAGCGAUCCCUCUUUUGAAGGAAAAGCUAAAGAGUUCUCAGAAGGAACAAAGUAACAUCGCUGAUGCAGAAUCCCCGGAAUCGCCUAAUUCUGAAGAUAUAGCCAUAUUGUACUUUAAUCAUUCAGAUAAGAACAAAAAUGAAUCUGGAUUAGACUCCAAAAUGAACUUGUCUUCAAUGGUACCCAAAGAUACCAUCGGAGUUGUUAGACAAAGGGAUAUAGAAGACAACUUGGAAGAGAUUUUGGUAAACUUUGAAACCAACGGAGUUUCAAUCCUCUUCAAUUGAAGUCACAUUUUCCACAAGCACUGCAUCAAAGACUGGAUUAAAGGACAUAACACUUGUCCAGUCUGAAGGGAAAAAAUUUAUCAGAAAGAAGUUGAAAAAUCCUAUUUGGAUGAACUAGAUUAUCAAGAUAGUCAAAUGAAUUUUUUUGGGUUUAUCGCCGAUUCACUGACCUAUUAUUAUCAUACUCCGUCUGAGCUGACAUUAAUUGAUGGUGUGGAUGCUAAUUCUGAUUUAAAUACUUUUAUCUUCAGCAAUUUAGUGAAUGGUGAGGAUGAACCAUCUCCCAAUACUCUAAAUUUAGAAUUUUUUCCCUUGAUUGAAGAUGGCCAUAAUCCCAAUAACAACGAACAGGAAUAUCAAGUUCAAUAGAUGAACAUCACAUUGUAGGCUUAAUAUAUGAUGGAGAAUCUUUUGAAUGGGAACCAGAUUCUUUUGAAUUUAGACCUCCCUCUUAUAUUGAGGACACUCAAAUUCAAGAAGAGAGUUUCUUUGAGUAAUUUCUAAUUACAUAUAACUCGCUUCUUUCAAUUAAAA